UCUUGUUAUGAGCGAUGCUUUACUGUAAGAACUUUGUCGAUAUUGUCUGAAGAUGCUACGACCAAGCAUGACGAAGCUCGAAAAGAAGCAAUUAAUGUGAAACUAAAAACCAAGCUCUUCAUCUCAAGCACACUGUCAUUUUGAUGACUUUGAGAGACUCAUUUGAAUUAGUUCACACCAUAUAUCCUGUUGCUUCGUUCAUAACUUCAUAUGGCCCCUGUAAGAGCAAAGGAGAAAUGAUUGCUUCGACCUCCUGUUUUGGCAUGCCAUCUUCAAAGAGACUAUCUCAAAUUCCGUUUCUAAUAUCAAAGCAAGGACAUGGUGUUGGUAAUGGUGGUUUCUCUUUCUCCAGAUCGCCUAAAUUUGCGGGGCAUGAAAAUCAUGCAUUAAAGAAUUUUGCAGUGAGAAGAAGAAGGGCAUAUUCCCAAACAGACACGUAUGUCUUGAUGGAACCAGGAAAGGGAGAGGUGUUUGUUUCAGAGGAAGAGCUUAAAAGCAGGUUAAAGUUUUGGUUAGAAAAUUGGCCCGGUGGGACCCUGCCACCUGACCUUUCCAAGUUCAAGACAAUUGAAGAUGCUGUUUCCCACCUUGUCAAGUCAGUUUGUGAACUUGAGAUUGAUGGCGAAGUUGGCUCAGUUCAGUGGUAUGAAGUUAGAUUAGAGUGAACAGAACACUACUAGACUUGCUGAAACUUCCUUUUGGAUUUGUAAGUGUUGUUUCUGCCCGUUUCCUCUGUAUUCUGUUAUCAAAUUCGAUUCCUAGUUCCAACAUACUGGAUACAUUUAUUAUCCAUAGUUGUAAUUCCAGGUUGCUUUGAAGAUAGCGAAGUUUGUGUAUCAUGGAAAUGUUGUUCACUGCAACCUUGUAAAUAAGGUGACACUGUUGUACAUUGAACUUCAAAAAUAGAAUUCUGAUGGGCCAAAAAUUCUGGCCAUGGCUUCA